CUGACAUUCCUGCUCAAACACGCCUUGAAUCUGGGUGGAACCAAAGUCUGCUGAAGGUGGAAGCUGAUUGGUUGCUGCCUCUCUGCACUGCCUUGAUUUUCAGAUCAGAGCUCAAACCAGUUUCUGUUUCAGGAAGUGAAACAGAAACCGUGCGACAGAGAGAAGAAAUGGAGCAGAAUCAGAUGGACCAAAAAACUUUUUCCUGUUCGAUCUGUCUGGAUCUACUGAAGGAUCCGGUGACUAUUCCCUGUGGACACAACUACUGUAUGAACUGUAUUAAAACCCACUGGGAUGAAGAGGAUAUGAAGGGAAUCCACAGCUGCCCUCAGUGCAGGGAGACAUUCAUACCAAGGCCUGUGCUAAAGAAGAACACCAUGUUAGCAGCUUUAGUGGAGCAGCUGAAGAAGACUGGACUCCAAGCUGCUGCUGCUGAUCACUGCUAUGCUGGACCUGAAGAUGUGGCCUGUGAUUCCUGCACUGGGAGGAAGCUGAAAGCCAUCAAGUCCUGUUCGGUCUGUCUGGCCUCCUUCUGUGAGAAACACCUUCAGCCUCAUUAUGAUUCAGCUACUUUUGAGAAACACAAGCUGGUGGAGCCAUCCAAGAACCUGCAGGAGAACAUCUGCUCUAAGCAUGAUGAGGUAAUGAAGAUGUUCUGCCGCACUGAUCAGAAGUGUGUCUGCAGUCUCUGUUUAAUGAAGGAGCAUAAAGGUCAUGACACAGUGUCAGCUGCAGCAGAAAGGACUGAGAGGCAGAGAGAGUUGGAGGAGAGACGAAGAAACAUCCAGCAGAAGAUCCAGAACGGAGAGAAAGAUGUGAAGCUGCUUGAACAGGAGGUGGAGGCCAUCAAUCACUCUGCUGAUAAAACAGUGGAGGACAGUGAGAAGAUCUUCACCCAGCUGAUCCGUCUCCUCCAGAAGAGAAGCUCUGAGGUGAAGCAGCUGAUCAGAUCCCAGCAGGAAACCGAAGUGAGUCUAGUCAAAGAUGUUCAGGAGAAGCUGGAGCAGGAGAUCACUGAGCUGAAGAGGAAAGACGCUGAGCUGGAGCAGCUCUCACACACAGAGGAUCACAACCAGUUUCUCCUCAACUACCCCUCACUGCCAGCACUCAGUGAGUCUAUCAAAUUCUCCAGCUUAGAAUAUUUUCCUCUAGGAUACUUUGAGGACGUGACAGCAGCUGUGUCAGAGCUCAGAGAUAAACUACAAGACAUCCUGAGACUCUCAUGGACAAACAUCUCACUGAUGGUCACUGAGGUGGAUGUUCUACUGUCACAACCAGGAUCAGAACCAAAGAGCAGAGCUGGAUUUUUAAGAUAUUCGUGUGAACUCACUCUGGAUCCAAACACAGCAUUCCCAUGUUUGGGCCUAUCAGAGGGGAAUAGGAAGGUGACAAGGAUGAAUCAGCAUCAGUCUUACACUAGUCAUUCAGACAGAUUCACUGACUGGUCUCAGGUUCUGAGUAGAGAGAGUCUGACUGGACGUCGUUACUGGGAGGUGGAGUGGAGCGGAGAACUAGUUCGUGUAGCAAUAGCAUACAAGAAUAUCAGCAGAGCAGGGGGGAAUAUGAGUGGAUUUGGAUAUAAUGAUAAAUCUUGGGCAUUAACUUGCUCCCAUAGAGGUUCUAGUUAUAGUCACAACAACAACUGGACCUCCGUCUCAGGUCCAGUUUCCUCCAGGGUCGGAGUGUACCUGGAUCACAGAGCAGGUUUUCUGUCCUUCUACAGCGUCUCUAAAACCAUGACUCUCCUCCACAGAGUCCAGACCAAAUUCACUCGGCCGCUGCUGGCUGGAGUUUAUGUUGGUACAUUAUCCUCUGCACAGUUCUGUAAACCCAAAUAGAUUUUCUUUCUUCUCUCUGAUUGUUGACCAGGAUUUAUUGUUUUGUUUCUCUUCAAUUCCUGGUUUAUUUUUGACUGUGUUCCACCAGCCAUAAAGGAAAUCACUGCUGAUAUUCAGAUGUUCAGGUUUCCUUUCCACUGUUCUGCAGAACAAAUGUUCUUUCUUAAAUCAGCUGAGACUGAAGUGAACUGAACUUACUUUUUUUUUCUUUAUUGUGAUUCAAAGAAGAAUCUGAAACUAGUAUGAACUUACAGCUGAUGCUGUUUUCUUGUGCAUCUAGAUUUAGAUCAGAAAAAUAAACGUCUGCUAUUCUGUCUCUUUGGCUUUCAUCAAUAAAACAACUUGAUUA